AUGUCGCAUGCUGGUGCACAAAAGGGCAGUCCUCUGACACUGGUGCUGAUGAUUGCUUCUGCAUCCAUUGGAGGGACUCUUCAGUAUGGAUAUAAUCUUGCAAUAAUGAAUGCUCCCACAACUUUUAUCCAAAGUUUUAUCAAUGAAACAUUCUUGGAGCGAUGGGACGUCCAGCUGGAGGAAUACCAGGUGACGUUAGUCUGGACAAUCAUUGUCUCCAUCUUCUCGUUGGGGGGGUUUGCUGGAGCUCUUAUUGCGGGACCUAUGACCAUACGCUUUGGGAGGAAGAAGUGCCUGCUGCUGAACAACAUUUUUCUCAUGACUGCUGCACUCUUAGCACUGACGAGUAGAACCGCCAGAUCUUUUGAGAUGAUCAUGAUCUCACGUGUCCUGGUUGGAAUAAAUGCUGGUAUCAGCAUGAAUGUGCAGCCCAUGUAUUUUGGAGAAAGUGCACCAAAGCACUUAAGAGGAGCUAUCUCUUUGUCAUCAGCUGUGUUUACAGCAUUCGGUGUCGUGUUAGGACAGGUGGUCGGACUCAGAGAGAUUUUGGGCAGUGAGCCGUGUUGGCAGUACCUUCUUGCCAGUAAUGCCAUUCCUGGACUCAUUCAGCUCCUGACCCUGCCAUGGUUCCCAGAGAGUCCCAGAUAUCUGCUCAUUGAUAGAGGAGACAAGGAGGCUUGUAUUAAUGCUCUGAGACGCCUGCGAGGCUGUGAGGUCCAGAGUAGCGAGCUGGAUGAGAUCCUGCAAGAACAGGCUGAAACCAAAGGAAUGAGGGCGAGCCACCCCUGGGAGCUUUUUACUGAUCGCUCUGUACGCUGGCAGCUCAUCUCUGUCAUGAUCAUUAGCAGUGCCAUGCAGCUCUGUGGCAAUGACUCGAUUUACUUUUAUGCAUCAUAUGUGUUUAAAGAGGCUGGAAUACCAGAUGACAAAAUCCAGUAUGCUACAAUCGGCACCGGGACAUGUGAAUUCACAGCCUGUAUAAUGUGUAACCUGCUGGUAGAGCGCAAAGGUCGGAGGUUCAUGCUGGCAGGAGGCUUCACCCUCAUGACCUUCUGGGCUGUCGUCUUCACGAUCGCUCUGUCAUUUGAGCACCAUAUAACCUGGAUGUCGUACCUGACCAUGACCUGUGUCUACACCUAUAUUCUCAGCUUUGGCAUGGGACCAGCUGGAGUGACUGGUAUUCUUCCCACAGAGAUCUUCAAUCAGGCGGCUCGGCCGGCAGCCUACAUGAUUGCUGGCUCCAUGAUGUGGCUCAACCUGUUCGUCGUUGGAAUGAUCUUCCCAUUUUUAGUAAGCGGGCUGCGUGAGUACUGCUUUGUGCCUUUUGCAGCGAUCUGCCUGUUGUCUGCACUGUAUGUUGGCCUUUUUCUGCCUGAGACCAAGGGGAAGUCUCUGUCAGUCAUCAUGCGUGAAUUUCACAGGCUCAAUUUCAAAGGCCAGGAAAACCAUUUUGAAGCUCAAACCAAACCUCAGUAUCAGCUGGGCGAAGUGUGUCUUUCCACAGCCUUGUAG